GGAUUCCUAGCCGAGUCCAGCCUGCUGCCGUUUGCGUGUGCGUCAGGGCUAUCCGGGCGGCAAUGGGGGCUUGAGACCCGGGUCCCCGGCGCCGGGAAGGGACCGCGGAGGCCGCCACCACCCCGGAGUCAGGCGCCGAAGCUGCGGGCGGGCGGGCACGGGUGCGGGCCGGGGCUCCGUGGCGCGGCACUGUGCGGUGCGGCGGCGGCGCGGCGGCGCGGGCUUUACCCAGGCGCCCCGAGGUCGGGUGGCACUGAGCGCGACCGGCUCGCGGCGGCGGUGGCGGCGUGCGUGCCAGGGGCUGGGGGCUCCGCCGCUUCGCCCGCGGCUCACCGGGCUCCGCGCUUCCCUCUCUCCAGGGCAGGCGGCGUCGCAGAGUUUUCAGGUGGCGAAACUGACUGGUCUGGUUAGAGCACGUCCAAGCCAAGCCGCAGUACUGUUUGGAUUUUUAAAUUUCUCCUGAGUGAGAAAAUAGCAAUCGAGAUGGAGCCAUCCGCACAAAAGUUACAGCUGGCAGCAUCAUCUCCCACCAGUUUAUCCAACUUCUGCCAAGGCUCUGAAAUGCCAACCAUGUCGAGGCCUGCACUUGAUGUCAAGGGUGGCACCUCACCUGCGAAGGAGGAUGCCAACCAAGAGAUGAGCUCUCUGGCCUACUCUAACCUGGGAGUGAAAGACCGCAAAGCAGUGGCCAUUCUGCACUACCCUGGGGUAGCCUCGAAUGGAACCAAGGCCAGUGGGGCUCCCACUAGUUCCUCAGGAUCUCCAUCUCCAAUAGGCUCUCCUACCGCCACCCCUCCCACUAAACCCCCACCCUUCAACCUGCACCCUGCCCCUCAUCUGCUGGCCAGUAUGCAGCUGCAGAAACUCAAUAGCCAGUAUCAUGGGAUGGCUGCCGCCACUCCGGGCCAACCUGGGGAGGCAGGGCCCCUACAAAACUGGGGUUUUGCAGCUCAGGCGGGAGGGGCGGGGUCACUCUCUCCUUCUACUGGUGCCCAGAGCCCUGCUAUCAUCGACUCGGACCCAGUGGAUGAGGAGGUGCUGAUGUCGCUGGUGGUGGAACUGGGACUGGACCGGGCCAAUGAGCUGCCAGAGCUGUGGCUGGGGCAGAAUGAGUUUGACUUCACGGCGGACUUUCCAUCUGGCUGCUGAUGCCAACUGUCCUUAAAGAUGGAGGAACGAAGCCACCGAUUCUGUUGUAAAUAAAAAUAAAAGUUACUUACAAAGAGA